AUGAAGGAUAAAGAGCGCCAGGAAGAUCGCCGCGAAGUGCGCAAAUCAGGUGACAGGCGAAGGAGGACUGAUGAGCAACCUGACAGGGCAGUCAAGAAAGGCAUAAUACACAUGAUUGCGGGAGGUCCUACGGAUGGAGAUUCACAUAGGGAAAGGAAGAGGACUUACCGAGGGGAAAAAGUGGUUGACGAGGUGGCUGAGGUGCAGCUACAAGCAAGCUCGGCCACUUUGAGGUUUGGAGCUGAAGAUGUGCAGGGUCUUGUUGUCCCACGUAAUGCCUUAGUCAUCACCGCAGAAGUGGCUAGCUAUGACGUGCAAAGGGUACUUAUAGAUACAGGGAGCUCGGCGGAUAUCAUUUUCUUGAAGUGUUUACAACAGAUGAAGUUAGACGUGAAGAUCGAGCCAGUCCACACUGCUCUUUAUGGAUUUAGUGGCAGCCAAGUUCACCCCAUUGGCAAAGUCAGUUUGACUGUGGUGUUGGGAAGGUUAUCUCUGAGGAAUGUAAAGAUGGUUUGUUUCUUGGUCGUUGAUGCUAGCUCGGCAUAUAUCAUUAUACUGGGGCGGCCUAGCUUGAACUCAUUCCAGGCUGUUGUGUCAACUUAUUGCAUGAAGGUCAAGUUCCCCGUAGGGAAUGAGGUUCGAGAGGUGACAGAAGACCAACUACAAUCUCGACGGCGUUAUGAGGUCACAUUGAAGACAGCCGAGGCGCAGAAUAAAAGAAAGAAGGAUAACCUACCUGAGUGUUCCCACCGAGAAAAGAAAUAA